AUGAUAAUUUCAGAUCAUAUUUUGUUUAUUUUACAGGAUGAUAUGGUAUGUUUGAGUUGUGCUGUAUCAUCAACUAAAGAUGCCAGUGCCACAGAACGAGUUUGUCUUGCUGCAGAAGGUUUUGGAAAUCGUAUGUGCUUCCUUGAAGAUGUUUCAAAUCGGGAUGUUCCACCAGAUAUCUCUGUAUCAGUAUUUGUGUUGGAACAAGCCCUUUCGGUCCGUGCUUUACAAGAGAUGAUCACAUCAACAUCAGAAGGAUCAGCAUCAGGCCAUAGAACAUUAUUGUAUGGUCAUGCUGUACUCUUACGUCAUCACCAUGGUAAUAUGUACUUAUCCUGUUUAUCAACAAGUUCUUCUAAUGAUAAAUUAGCUUUUGAUGUUGGUUUACAAGAAACAGCAGAGGGGGAAUCUUGUUGGUGGACAAUCCAUCCUGCUUCCAAACAGAGAUCAGAAGGUGAAAAAGUUAGAGUUGGAGAUGAUCUUAUUCUUGUCAGUGUCUCAUCAGAGAGAUAUUUGCAUAUUGGAAGCAGUAACAGUAUUGUAGCCUCAUUUCAGCAGACAUUAUGGACAGUGGUACCAAUGUGUUCUGGUGCUGUUCGUACCAAAACUGUGGGCUAUGUAUUUGGUGGAGAUGUUUUAAGAUUAUUCCAUGGUCAAGAUGAAUGUUUAGCUUUACCAGAAGCUGGCAGUGAAAAUGAAUUCAGUGCUGUUAUGUAUGAAACUGGUGCUGUUUGUUCACAUGCUAGAUCACUAUGGAGACUGGAACAUAUCAGAACAAAAUGGGCAGGUGGAUUUAUGGGAUGGGGUCAACAGUGUCGUAUACGUCAUGUGACCUCAGGAAGAUAUUUAGCAGUGACUGCUGGAGAUCAUCAUGUUGUUACUGUACAUAGACAUAAAGCUGAUGAAGCUAGCACAGCAUUUUAUAUGAGACAAACUAAGGAUGACAAGAAACAAUCUGAAGUACGAGAAGCUGAAGGAAUGGGAAUGGCUGAUAUUAAAUACAGUGAUUCCAUGCCUUUCUUACAACACUGUGAUUCUAGCUUAUGGUUAUCAUAUCAAACUUUUGAAACAAAGAAAAGAGGAGUUGGUAGAGUGGAGGAGAAAAAGGCUAUAAUGUUAGUAGAAGGUCAUAUGGAUGAUGGGUUAACUCUAGCUAAAUCUCAAGAAGAAGAAUCCAGAUCAGCUCGUGUUAUCAGAAAAUGUCAAUCAUUAUUUAACAGAUUUAACAAAGCUCUAGACUCUCUAAAAACAGAAGGUAGAAAUAGUCAUGCCUGGGGUAGAAUAAGUUUGGCUGAAGUUAUUAAGUGCCUUGAAGAUUUAAUUGAUUAUUUUGCCCAACCUGCAGAAGAUGAAGAACAUGAAGAGAAACAGAAUAAAUUAAGAGCUUUAAGAAAUAGACAAGAUCUAUUUCAAGAAGAAGGAAUGAUAGCUCUAAUUUUAGAAACAAUUGAUAAAUUUAGUCAGUAUAAAGGACAACGACAAUUCUCACAUUAUGCUGGAGAAGAUGCUGGAGAGAGUUGGGAUUCCAUCUCUAGUUAUUUAUAUUUAUUGUUAGCUGCUAUGAUUAGAGGAAAUCGAGCUAAUUGUGCUCAGUUUGCCCAGUCCUAUAGAUUAGAUUGGUUAGUUUAUAGAUUAGAAAGUCAACAGUCUUCCACAGGUGUAUUAGAUGUUUUACAUUGUGUUCUUAUUGAUUCACCUGAAGCUUUAAAUAUGAUUAAAGAAAAACAUAUUAUAACUAUUAUAUCACUUAUAGACAAACACGGUCGAGAUCAUAAGGUUCUAGAUGUUUUACGUGCACUGUGUGUUGGUAGUGGUGUAGCUGUAAGAACCAAUCAAAACCUGAUUUGUGACAAUUUAUUACCUGGUCGUGACUUAUUAUUACAAACUAAAUUAGUGGAUCAUGUCACUUGCUUACGUCCUAAUCUAUGUGUAGGCCUGUGUGAGGGAUCUGCCAUGUAUAAGAAAUGGUAUUAUGAAAUAGUUGUGAUAAAUUAUGAAUAUGCUACCCACCUACCCCCUAUAUUACGUAUGGGAUGGGCUAAUACAGAUGGGUUUAAACCUUACCCUGGUGGGGGUGAGAAAUGGGGUGGUAAUAGUAUUGGUGAUGAUUUAUAUUCCUAUGCUUUUGAUGGACAAAAUCUCUGGACAGGCAAAUCAGCCAGUCAGCCAUUACAGAAAGGUGAUGUCAUUGGAUGUACAUUAGAUUUAACAGUUCCACAAAUAACAUUCUCCCUCAAUGGUGUUAAAAUACGAGGAUUUUUAAAAGAUUUCAAUCUGUCUGGAAUAUUCUUUCCUGUUGUUAGUAUGUCAGCCGCUGUAAGUUGCCGUUUUGUUUUUGGAGGUGAAAAUGGUAGAUUAAAGUAUGGUCCACCAGAAGAACAUUCACCAAUAAUAGAAUGUCUGAUGCCAAAAGAGAAGCUACAUCUGACAUCUUGUUUUCAUUUUGGUGAUUUAAAGAAGAGUAUUGUUAGUGGGCCAACUGAAAUUCUAGAUUAUGUCCCCUUUGUACCUAGUCCAGUUACUACAGGCAGAAUCCAGCUUCCAGCUUAUAUUGAGAAUGUACGAGAUAAGCUUGCUGAAAAUUUACAUGAGUUAUGGGCCAUGUCUAAAAUAGAACAAGGCUGGUCCUAUGGUGAGGAACGUAAUCCAACCAACAAAAAGAACCCAUCAUUGACAGCCUUUGAACGUCUACCAAUGUCUGAGAAGAAAUAUGUUAUUACCGUAGCUUUUGAAACAUUAAGAACACUGAUAGCUUUAGGUUACCAUAUAACAGUAGAUCAUCAGCAACAACAAAAUAACAGACUUAAAACUGUCAAAUUAGCUAAUAACUUUCUACAGAAUAAUGGUUAUAAACCAACCCCAUUAGAUUUAUCAGUGGUCACAUUGACUGAAAAGAUGGAACAAUUAGUCAAUCUAUUGGCUGAAAAUACCCAUAAUGUGUGGGCCAGAGAUAGAAUUAAACAUGGUUGGACUUAUGGUCUAAAAGAAGAUCCUAUCCAUAAAAGAAGUCCUCAUCUUGUCCCUUACAAUAAAGUUGAUGAAUCUAUCAAAAAAGCCAACAGAAAUACGACCAGUGAUACUGUGAAGACAUUGAUAGCAUAUGGUUACAAUCUAGAGGCACCAACAAGUGAAACUGGUGAAACAGCUCUAACUAGAGAAUCACAAGAGAAAACAAUACAAACUCGUACUUACAGAGCAGAAUUAACUUACGCUGUUACAUCAGGAAAAUGGUAUUAUGAAAUGGAUGUAUUAACUACUGGUUAUAUGAAGAUAGGAUGGGCUAAACGUUCAGCUCAAUCUGGUGAUGAACUGGGUCUAGAUGGAAAAUCUUACGUAUUUGAUGGCUACUUGGCUAGGAAAUGGAACCAGGGAUCUGAUGCUUAUGGUAAAAUCUGGCAAGUAGGAGAUGUUAUUGGUUGUAUGUUAGAUCUUCAUGAUAAAACUAUCUCUUUCUCUCUGAAUGGUGAAUUAAUGAUGGAUUCACUAGGACAAGAAAUAGCUUUUAGAGAUAUUGAUCCUGCUGAAGGAUUUGUUCCAGCCAUGACUCUAGGAGCUCAUCAAUCUGGUAGAUUUAACUUUGGACAAGAUGUAAACACUCUAAAGUAUUUUACUUGUUGUGGUUUACAAGAAGGCUAUGAACCAUUCUGUGUAAAUAUGACACGUCAGCUGCCAUUAUGGUACAGUAAAGAACAAGCACUAUUUUGUUCACUAGAGACUGAUGAUCCUCAGAUACAGAUAACUAGAAUACCAGGUGGUGCCAAUGUCACACCAUGUUUGAAAGUUCAGUCAAAGACUUUUGGUACCCUAGAGAAAGUCAAACUAGAAUUCUUUAGACUCAGUCUUCCAGUUAGAUGUAGAGAUGAGUUCCUUUCUAUCUUGUAUUUGCAAUCAAGAUACUUCUCAAUUCAUUUAUCAUUCAAUAGAGUUUUUGGGGAGAAUGAUAAGAGCGCUGCAGCCAAACGAAAAAACUACCGCCAGAGUAUGAGUCAAGGUAAAGGUCAUUCAUUGGAUGAUACCAGUAUUGGAGAUCAUUCCACGACUAGUGGUACGAUGAAGACUGCUGCAAGUGAGUCACAUCUGAAUGUGGAUGGUUCCUUUUUAUCAUUACCUAAUAAAGGAAACAAUGGAUCCAAACUUUCUCUUCUUGCUGAUAAAGUUGUUGGAAAAGCCAAAGCAGCUGUUGUAGAUAAGAAAAAAGAUAAGAAGAAAUCAGCAGGAAAGCCAUCCUUUACGUCCAUAUUUAGAAAAUCAAAAUCUCGAGAUCCAUCACCAAGUAAUCUGAAACCUAGAUCUACUCGAUCAACAGAAUAUUCUAGUCUAGAUCGUAAAGUUAGUACAUCUAAAGCUAUGAGAGACCAUCGAAGAUCACCAAUGAAAGGAAAUAACGGUCAUUCUGAUGCUGAAAUGAAUGAAAUGAAUGCCAUUGCUGAACAAAUUGAAGAAUACCAUUAUUCUGUACGAAUAUUCCCAGGACAAGAUCCAUCACAAGUAUUUGUUGGUUGGGUGACACCAGACUACCAUUUCCAUGAUACAACUUUUGACACUAAAAAGAUCCGUCAUGUUAUUGUGUCUACAUUAGAUGUUGAUUAUAGACUAAAACACAGUGUAAGUCGUAAGAAUUGUUAUAUUGUGUCUGCUGGUGAUUUACAACAGAGAUAUGCUGGAGCUAAUCAAGAUGUAUCUGGUAAACGUUCUUCACCAGGUUUAGUUAUUGGUUGUUUAGUUGAUUGUGCUACAGGUCUACUCAGUUUUACUGUUAAUGGCAAGGAAGUGGCUAACAAAUUCCAAGUGGAACCAGGAACCAGGUUAUUCCCUGCUGUUAUUGCUGAAUCAACAAUAAAAGAAAUGUUCCAGUUUGAACUUGGUAAUACUAGGACCUCUCUACCACUGUCAGCUGCUGUAUUUAGAGGACCUAAAUCUAUACAACCAAUGUGUCCUACUAGAUUAGAUGUACAGAUAUUGAAGACUAGCUCAUGGGCUAGGGUACCAAACAUAUCUCUAGGAGUACAGACACUGAAACUUUCAGAUAUUAGAGGCUGGAGUAUGCUGUGUGAAAAUCCAGUACCAAUGUUAGCUGUAUAUAUACCAGAAGAAGAUAGAUGUUUAGAUGUUUUAGAAUUGAUAGAAUAUGAACAUCUGCUUAAUUUCCAUGCCAAGACAUUAGAACUGUACCAGGCUGUAUGUUCCCAUGGUAACCAUCGUGUUGCUAGUGUAUUGAUACAACAUAUUGAUGAACGACAACUCAUGUACUGUAUUCAAAGUGAAUCUCUAUCAGGAACUUUAAGAAAUUCAUUCAAUGAUUUAUUGAUAUCAAUGCAUCUUGAUAGUCAUUCUAAAGCCAGAGUGAUAACAGAGAAAGAGUUUAUCAUACCAUUAUUACCACAGAGUAAAAAUCUCUGUUUAUAUCGAACACGAAGUCCAGGAUCUGAAGACUAUAAUAUAAAACAUCAAAUACCAACAAUGGAAGACUCAGUUUCUAUCAGACCUAUGUUAGCUAUUACAGGCAAAGAAAUAGAAAAUAGGUUUGUUUAUGGUAAAGACAGUACAGCACCAUACUUCCCCAUGGCUAAACUAAAAGCGUAUACUAUGAGAGCUUUAACCCAGGCUGUCCAAGUUGGUGCUGCUCAUAUUAGAGAUCCUAUUGGUGGAACUAAUGCUAAUUUAUUUGUACCACUAUUAAAGAUCUGUGAUCACCUAUUAACUAUGGGAUUAUUAGAUGAUGAUGAUUUAAAUCAGUUAUUAUGUUUAUUGGAUCCUAAAAUUUUUGAUGAUCAUCAGAUGAACAUGAUUGGAAGCAAUGGUCUAUUAAAUAUGACAUUAUCAGAACCAGUGAAACUAGAGGUGUGCCAUAUCUUACAACAUCUAUGUGCCAUCCAACUACGCCAUCGAGUUGAAACUAUAUCAUCAUUCUCAGAAAACUUUGUUGGUAACUGUCAAAAUGAUCAAUUGAGAAGAUAUAAUGCUAUAAAACAGGCUGAUCUACCAUCAUCUGUUACUGCUAAGAAAACUAAGGAAUUCAGAUGUCCACCCCAAGAACAGAUGCGAGCUUUACUGGCAUUCAAAGAAGAAGAACCAGUAGAAGGAGUUGAACCAUGUCCAUGUGAUGAAGAUAUCUGUGAUUUAUUACGUACCUUCCAUAUUGAGUUAAGAAAACAUUGUGCCAUGCCAACUCUGGUAGAAGAAGAGGUUCCAGUAGAUGCUCCACCACAACCUUCUGUGAAAGAGAAACUUCUAGCUCUAGUAUGGAAAGUUAAAAAUGAUAAUCAUGGACUAUCAGGAUCACGUUUUAAGAAACCUGGUAAGCCUGAUUCCAUCCAGAAGUUAGUAACAGAUACUGUUGUACGUUGGGCUCAAGAAGAUUUUAUCUCUAGCGCUGAUUUGAUAAGAGAAAUGUUCAGUUUAUUACACAGACAAUAUGAUGGUAUUGGAGAGUUGAUGGCAGCUCUAGAGAAGACGUAUGUUAUCAGUUGUAAUAGUGCCAAUGAUAUUAAUUUACUAUGGAAAUCAUUAGGUAUUAUAAGAUCUUUACUCUUAGUACAAGUUGGUCAUGCUGAGGAGGAACUCCUUAAAAACAGUUUACGUGACCUAAUGGAUAAUAAAGUAUUUUUCCAACAUCCUGAUCUGAUGAGAGCUCUAUGUGUUCAUGAGACUGUCAUGCAGUUGAUGGUGAAUACAUUAAAUAAAGCCCAACAACAACAACAAGCAGCAGCUAGUAGUGCUGAAGCUACUGGUGGACGUCAAUCUAUACCUACUUCAUCAACUAGUGAUACAGAGAUGGUGGUAAUGUGCUGUAGAUUUUUAUGUUAUUUCUGUCGCACCAGUCGUCAAAAUCAACGAGCUAUGUUUGAACAUUUAAGUUAUAUGUUAGAAAACAGUUCUAUGUUGUUAGCUCGUCCAUCAUUGAGAGGUUCCUGUCCAUUAGAUGUUGGAUGUUCAUCUUUGAUGGAUAAUAAUGAAUUAGCCCUUGCUUUACGUGAAGCUCAUCUAGAGAAAAUAGCUAUCUAUCUAGCAAGAUGUGGAUUACAGAGUAAUUCAGAACUCUCAGAGAAAGGCUAUCCUGAUGUAGGUUGGGAUCCUGUAGAGGGAGAGAGAUUCUUAGAUUUCCUUAGAUUUUGUGUCUGGGUUAAUGGUGAAAGUGUAGAAGAGAAUGCUAAUCUAGUUGUAAGAUUAUUGAUCAGAAGACCUGAGUGUUUAGGACCAGCUCUACGUGGUGAAGGUGGUGGUUUAUUAAGAGCUAUUAAAGAAGGUAUCAGAAUGUCAGAACAGAUUGCUGCUAGUCGAGAUGAAUCAUCCAGUAAUUUCCUAGCUGCUAUGAAUGAUGAUGAUGACACUGAUGAUGAAGAUUAUAUUGAUAUGGGAGGAGCUAUAAUAUCAUUCUAUGCUAGUUUAGUGGAUCUGUUAGGACGAUGUGCACCAGAUGCUGAGACUAUAAAAGCUGGUCGAAGUGAUUCAGUAAGAGCAAGAGCUAUAUUAAGAAGUUUAGUAUCUAUGGAAGAUCUAGAGGGAGUUCUGUCUCUAAGAUUUAUUUUACCUGUAGCUGAUCCUAAUGCUGCUGAAGAAGAUGGAGGAAGUGGUCUACCACCAGGAUUACUCCCAGCUCAUAAAUCAGCUAUAGUAUUAUUCUUAGAACGAGUGUAUGGUGUUGAUGAUCAGACCACAUUCUUCCGUUUAUUGGAAGAUUCCUUCUUACCUGAUCUUCGUGCUGCUACAACUCUUGAUACAGCUGCAGCCAGUGAGAGUGAUAUGGCAUUAGCUCUAAAUAGAUAUCUAUGUACCUCAGUAUUACCAUUAUUAAAAGAUAAUAGUCAGUAUUUUAACAAUGCUGACCAUGCCUCACCAUUACUAGAUUCUACAUUACAUACAGUAUAUAGACUGUCUAAAUGUCGUACAUUGACUAAAAAUCAACAAGAAACAGUCAGCGACUUCUUGGUUUCUUUUACCCAACAAUUACGUCCACCAUUGAUGACACGCCUAUUAAAGAAACUAACAAUUGAUGUACCAGCUUUAUCAGAACAUGCUGUAGUACCACUCAGAUUGUUAACAUAUCACUAUGAGAGAUGUGGUAGAUAUUAUGGUAGUGGUGGAGGUUGGGGAUCACAUGGUUCAGCUAGUGAAGAAGAGAAACGAUUAACUAUGAUGUUAUUCAGUGGAAUGUUUGAUUCUCUCGCUAAAAGGGCAUAUGACCCUGAGUUAUUCUCUAAAGCUCUACCAUGUUUAUCAGCUAUCGGUUGUGCCUUGUCACCAGACUAUACAUUAAGUCAUAAUGCUGAUAGUUGGUAUGGACAGUCUAGUGUAGAUAUUGACGGUACUUAUACUCCACAACCUGUUACUACUACCAGAGUCAACUUAAACCAACAACUUGAAAAUACAACAUCAAAGUUUGCUGAACAUUUCCAUGAUUCCUGGGCUUUGAAAAAGAUUGAAAGUGGUUGGAUAUUUGGAAGUAGAUUUGAUGAAGAAAAGAAGACACACCCUAUAUUAAAACCAUACAAUCUACUUGAUGAAAGGGUGAAAUCUAAAUAUACUACACCAAUGAAAGAAACAUUAAAAGCAAUGAUAGCAUGGGGUUGGACAUUAGAACAAGACCAGUCUCGAUUCUCUACCAACAGAGAUAGUAUCAAACGAAGAGCCUCCAAGGCAAAUGUGGUAAGGGAUGGUCCACUGAAACAUGAUCAUGGUUACAGUCCUAAACCUUAUGAUCUGAGAAAUAUGACCCUUACUAGAGAAAUGCAGACCAUGGCUGAACGUUUAUCUGAAAAUGCUCAUGAUUUAUGGGCUUUCAAGAAGAAAGUUGAAUUGGAUAGCAUUGGUGGUGGUGUUCAUCCUCAACUAGUACCAUAUGAUAUUUUAACUGAUACAGAGAAGAGAAAAUACAGAGAGCAUGCUCAAGAAGCUUUGAAAUUCUUACAAUUCCUGGGUUACAGAAUCAGCAGAAACAGUCGCGAAUCAGAAGCCGACAGUGGAGUUGGUGUGUCUGCUACAGAAAGGAGAUUUGCCUACAGUUUACUAGAGAAAUUGUUGGAGUAUUUAGAGAAAGCCUCCGUGAAUCUUCAACAGAUACAACCUAGUAGUAGAUUUAGCAGAAGAGAAAGUUAUAAUGUUGCUACUGAAGAUGUCAAGUUCUUUGGCAAGGUUGUUCUGCCAUUUGUUGAGAGAUAUUUCCAUGCUCAUAGAAUAUAUUUUAUCUCAGCACCUCAUACUCCACAAGCAGCCUCUGGUUCAGCUUCAUUUAAAGAGAAAGAAAUGACCGCCAGUUUAUUCUGUAAGCUCGCCCAGACUUUGAGAUCUAAAAUCACAGCUUUUGGUCAUGAUGUGAACAUCUCAGUUAGAUGUUUGAGAGUUUUGGUUCAAGCUGUGGACUUUAGAUCAGUAGUAAAGAACAGUCCUGAAAUUGUCAGAUCCUCCAUCUUACCAUUUUUCAACAAUGCUGCUGAUGAUUUAGCUCAGAUUAUGGAGAACUUACAGAAAGGAAGAUUUAGCCAUGUGAAAGGAACAAUUACUCGUGGUGCUACAAGUUUGAAUUAUGUUCACAUGGUGCUACUUCCUGUUAUGUCAGCCAUAUUGGAUCACUUUGGAAACAAUGACUUUGGUUUUGAUAUUAUAGUUGGUGAUAUACAGUUAGCCUGCUAUCGAAUAUUAAAUGCCUUAUUUACAUUGGGUACCAGCAGUUCAUCAUUCCCUCAAAGGGAAACUAUUGAGGCUGAACUUGCAAGACAUCGACCAGCUUUAGGAGAAUGUGUUGGUUCCUUUGCAUCCUGUUUCCCAGUGGCUUUCCUAGAACCAGAUUUGAAUAAAUAUAAUAAGAACUCAAUUCUCUAUGGUAUUGAAGGAAAGAUUUCUGAACAUUCUUUAGAAGCUCAAGAGGUUAUGGAUAUGCUAGCUGUAAAUCUACCCACCUUAAAUAAGAUUGUGGCUGAAAUAGAAGGCUUGGCAGACUCUGGAGGAAAAUAUCAUGAAGCUCCACAUGUUAUUGAAGUAACUCUACCCAUGGUUUGCAGUUAUUUACCAGUGUGGUUAACCAAAGGACCUGAUUGCAUCUCACGACCAGAAGGUGGUCAUCAUAUCUCGUCAGUAACUGGUCAACAAAUGAAUAAUGUGCUUGGAAAUGUUCUCAAGUUAAUUCUGAAUAAUAUUGGAUCUGUUGAUGCACCAUGGAUGAACAGAAUUGCUGCUCGAACUCAACCAAUCAUAUCAAAUUCUACACCAGAUAUGAUUAAAGAUCACUUCCUACCUAUAGCUAAGAAAUUAUGUGAACAUGCAGUGCUGGUAGAAAGUUUAGAGAAAAGAUUAGCUGUUGAUAAAAGAACAUCUACUGAUAUUUCAGAUAUGGAAGCUGCUGUUCAAGAUAGAUAUGGUAUACUAGUGAGAGAUAUUUAUGCUUACUUUCCUCUGCUGAUUAAAUAUGUUGAUUUACAUCGUUCACAUUGGUUGAAAUAUCCUGCUGCUGAAGCUGAAGAACUGUUUACAUGUGUUGCUGAUAUAUUCUCAAUGUGGUCCAAAUCAUUGCUAUUUAAAAGAGAGGAACAGAACUUUGUGGCCUUAAAUGAAAUAGACAACAUGGCUCUUAUCAUGCCAAGUCAAGCCAAACAUUUAUCUGUUGCUAAAGUUGACACUUCAGAGGAAUCACCUACAACUAAAAUGAAACCUGGUCAGAAACGUCAAGGAAAGAAGAGACUUGAACCACAUAACUCAUUAAAUGUGGCCUGUCUGAAGCGUUUGGUACCGAUUGGUUUGAGUUUCUUCUCUGGUAGAGAACAAGAAUUAUUACAACAGGCCAAACAGAAACUUCUACAACGCUAUAAAAAUAUAGAUACAAUGGCUGUCACUUUCCUGUCAUUAUUCACUUACUCAUGUUUUCGUUUUCAGCCAAUUGAUGAUAAAGUUCAAUGGCAAAAAGUUUUAUAUAAGAAGAUAGGUGAUACUAAAACAUCCACAGCUCAACUAGAUCAGAGUAAAGUUAUUGAUAGAAUUAUUUCAAUGGCUAAAGUCAUGCAUGGUUUACAUCUGGUGGAACACCCUUCAUUGGCUCAAAGGAGUGCAUGGAAGAAAUUAAUAUCAACCCAGAGAAAGAGAGCUGUAAUGGCUUGUUUCAGAAUGAUCCCAUUACAUAGUUUACCAAGACAUCGAGCUAUUAACUUAUUUUUGAAAGCUUAUAGAGAGAUGUGGUUAGAAACAGAGGAAUUAGAUAAAACUAUAUUAAUUCAAGACUUAACAAAAGGAGAUGAGACAGUUGAAGAAGGAGAGAAGAAUGAAACUGAAGAAGAAUGUAAACCAGAUUCUUUAACUCAAUUAAUAACUGCUCUAAGUCGUGCUGCUACUAAAGAACAACAAAGUAGUUUACCAGAAGAUCCUCUCUUUAUGUCUUAUGCUUCUAUAAUGAUGAGAAAAUGUGACAAUUUAAUGUUUCUUGUGUCGUUCAAACUGGUAUACUUACUAAGCAUAGUUCAUAAUGAACAAGAGAUGGAGAAACAACAAUUAUUAUCAGAACAAUCUCGACUGUCUGAUCGGGGUGCAGCUGAAAUGGUUUUAUUGUAUAUCAGUGCUAGUAGAGGAGAGUUUAAUAUGAUGGUUGAGAAUACAAUAGAUUUAGGUAUUUCAUUAUUACGUGGUGGUAAUAUAGAAGUACAAAAGAGAAUGUUGAGACAUUUGAAGGAUAAAAAGGAUGUUGGAUUCUUUUCAUCAAUUGCUGGAUUGCUUGAGAAGUGCAGUGUAUUAGAUUUGGAUGCAUUUGAAAGGACCAAUAAAGCUGAAGGAUUAGGAAUGAGUACUGAUACUGGUUCUACUGACCAAAACUUACAUGAUGGUGAAUUUACAUGUAAAAUAUUCCGAUUUUUACAACUCAUGUGUGAAGGUCAUAAUCUAGAGUUCCAGAACUAUCUAAGAACACAAGCUGGUAAUACAGUAACUGUUAAUGUUGUUAUUUGUACAGUUGAUUAUUUACUCAGAUUACAGGAAUCUAUGAUGGAUUUUUACUGGCAUUAUUCUGGUAAAGAUGUAAUUGAUGUAUCUGGUAAAGAUCAUUUCUGCCGUGCCAGUAUGGUGGCUAAACAAGUCUUCUGCUCAUUGUCUGAAUAUAUCCAGGGUCCUUGUUCAUUAAAUCAACUGGCAUUAGCUCACAGUAGGUUAUGGGAUGCUGUUGGUGGAUUUAUCUAUAUAUUUGCCCACAUGCAAGAUAAAUUAUCUAAAGACCCUGAUCAACUAGAUUUAUUGAGAGAGUUUAUGGAGCUGCAGAAAGAAAUGAUGAUAAUGUUACUCUCUAUGUUGGAAGGUAAUGUAAUGAAUGGACCUAUUGGAAAACAGAUGGUGGACACAUUGGUUGAAUCAUCAUCUAAUGUUGAGAUGAUCCUGAAAUUCUUUGAUAUUUUCCUGAAAAUGAAAGAUCUGACAUCAUCUGAGGCCUUCCUGGAAUUUGAUACAAAUCAAGAUGGUUGGAUUUCACAUAAGGAAUUCCGUAAGGCAAUGGAGUCCCAAAAAGUGUACACAGAAGAAGAGAUCCAGUAUAUCAUGAUGUGUGUAGAUGCCAAUCAUGAUGGUAAAGUAGAUUUCCAUGAGUUUACUGACCGAUUCCACAACCCAGCUAAAGACAUUGGUUUUACUAUGGCUGUAUUAUUAACUAAUUUAUCAGAACAUAUGCCUAAUGAACCUCGAUUGGGUCGACUCCUUGAAAAAGCCAAAAGUGUACUGGACUAUUUUGAACCCUACUUGGGAAGAAUUGAGAUUAUGGGUAGUGCUAAUCGUAUUGAAAGAGUUUACUUUGAAAUUACUCAGUCCCAUAUUGAUCAAUGGGAAAAACCACAAAUUAAGGAGUCAAAGCGUUCGUUUUUACACAGUGUUGUUAAUGAAGGUGGAGACAAGGAAAAACUUGAGAGUUUUGUAAAUUUCUGUGAAGAUUCUAUUUUUGAGAUGCAGCAUGCAACUAGCAUUAGUGCAGAAGAACAGAGAAUAGCUGCUUUGAAGAGUGGUGGAUUUGGAGGAGAAGGAGGUGUAUUGGAGCCUAUAUCUAUUACCUACAGAUUCUUCAAAGAUCUUCUCUUCUCAUUCUUCUCCUUCUUUACAUGGACAAACAUCAAAAAAUCUUAUUCAGCUUUCAAGAGUAUGACAUAUUGGCAGGUGUUUGUAGCCUUGAUUAAACUCACCUUUAAAUUGUCCUUUAUGACCAUUUGUUUUGGAUUUAACAUUGUUUGGACUUUACUGAAAUUCUUUAUCAAUAUGAUGAUGGGAGACAAGAGUGAAGAAGAAGCCAAACAGAGACAGAAAGAGAAAGAGUUGGCUGCUGCAGCGGAGGCAGCUAAAUUAGCACCACUAGCUCUUGGUCCUCCUGGUAUUCCAUUAACACCAAUUAAAAUAGAUCCUAUAGAGAUCAAUAGAUCUGAUACAGACACUGACAAGAAAUCUAAUGGACUACCAUCAAAUGGAUCAGUAACGAAUGUAGAAGCUGGUACUCCUCCUGCUGCUACAAGUGAAAACAAAUCAACUACCACGAAAGCAGAUCUGGAAACUCAAUAUAUGGAGUUAGAAGAAGAUGAAGCUUUCUUUCAAGAAUCAGUUGAAGAAAAUCAACAACCAUUAUUACAAGCUUCAACACAGAAUGUUUAUCAACCUGAUAUGUCUGGGGGUCAACAUGUAGACAAGAAUAGAACAUUGUUAAACUGGAUUGAUAAAAAACAAACUGUAUUUCUUUUUCAGAGUUUAUUUGCAAGAAAUUUCUACAACUUUAAGUUUAUGGCCUUGGUUCUAGCCUUCAUUUUGAAUUGUAUGUUACUCUUUUAUAAGGUAAGAUUCUUUUGUUUAACAGUUUCUGUCUUGUUUGCUAAUAGUUUAUUAUGGUGGUGGAAUGAAACAAUAACAGUAUCAACUAAGACAGAAGAAGGUGCUGCUGGUAAUGAGACUGCUGAAGGAGGUGAUGAAGAUAUAGCUGAGAUAGUUACAAUGGAAGAUGAUAAAACAUAUCUAGAAUACGUGAUGACUGGUCUAGCUUUCUUGCAUUGUCUUCUCUCACUGUCCAUAUUGAUAGCUUAUUACUGUCUUAAAGUGCCUUUAGUUAUAUUUAAACGUGAAAAAGAGAUUGCCCGUAAAUUAGAAUUCGAAGGAUUGUAUGUUGCUGAACAACCUGGUGAUGAUGAUUUGAAAGCUCAGUGGGAUCGUCUUGUUCUUAGUACCAGAUCAUUCCCAGAAAGUUACUGGGAUAAAUUUGUUAAAAAGAAGGUUCGCUCUCGAUAUGCUGAACAAUAUGAUUAUGGAGCUAUCAGUGGAUUACUAGGAAUGGAGAAACAAAAUGUACAUAAAGAAACAACAGCACCAACCAAAUCGUAUUUACCUGCCUUCUUGUCUAAUGUAGACUUUCAGUACCAAAUAUGGAAAUGGGGAGCUAUAUUUACAGAUAAUGCUUUCCUGUAUAGUGCCUGGUACUUCCUAUUUUCAGUCCUCGGCAACUUCAACUAUUUCUUCUUCGCAGCCCACUUGUUGGAUGUUGCCAUUGGAAUAAAAACUUUACGAACCAUCUUACAGUCAGUCACACACAAUGGCAAACAGCUGGUGUUGACUGUGAUGUUGACUUGUGUUGUUGUAUAUAUCUAUACAGUUAUUGCCUUUAAUUUCUUCCGCAAAUUUUAUGUUAAGGAAGAAGAUGGCCAAGUCGAUCAAAAAUGUCAUGACAUGGCAACGUGUUUUGUUUAUCAUUUACACACUGGAGUGAGAGCUGGAGGUGGUAUUGGUGAUGAAAUAGAACCAGCUGAUGGUGAUCCUUAUGAAGUUUAUAGAAUUUUAUUUGAUGUUACUUUCUUCUUCUUUGUUAUUGUUAUUCUCCUGGCCAUUAUUCAGGGUUUGAUUAUUGAUGCCUUUGGAGAGCUGAGAGAUCAAUUAGAACAAGUAAAAGAAGACAUGGAGUCAAAAUGCUUCAUAUGUGGAAUCGGAAAAGAGUAUUUCGAUAAAGUUCCGCAUGGUUUCGAAACGCAUGUUAAAAAUGAACACAACUUUGCCAACUACAUGUUUUUCUUGAUGCAUCUCAUUAACAAACCUGACACAGAACAUACUGGACAGGAAUCCUAUGUUUGGGAGAUGUAUCAACAAAGAUGCUGGGAUUUCUUCCCUGUGGGAGAAUGUUUCCGCAAACAAUAUGAGAACGAACUUGGCAUCUAA